AUGGUCGAGAGUCGAUUUCAAUUCGCAACAGCCUCGGACUCGGCAAGGGUCAAGUUCUUCGAGGAUCUGGCAACGGAGGCUAGACAGUCAAGAGGCCUUGUAUUGUACGGGCCUGAUGUGCGUAGCCGCAUCCAUUGGAAUCUCUGUGCUGAACGAAGGAUCCUUUUGGAGAAAGGAGAGUUGCCAAGUCGUGGACCAAACGACAGCAGGAUGAUAAUUCUGCAGGACGAAUGGAACAAGAUGGUGCUUGGAGUAACCGAGCAGACGCCUCCAAGCUACAAUGAGGAGAGAGAGCUUGGAAGACUGGAGGACUUGGCCAUGAAGAACCUGCUUCGCCACUUUGACGUUUUGAAGACCGGCCAUAGCGACGCAGCUAAACGGCAGGACGCGGAGGCUGCCAUCGCGGUUCUGGUUGCCACCGACGUCAAGAGCAUCAUACCAUUUAAUAUCAAGACAAAGCUUGCUGCCUCGCUGCGUUCCAAUUACUUUUUGUCGACAUCAGACACUUCGGAGGAGGGUCAGAUCAGAAAGAACCAGGCACGGGAUUGCUUGAUGGAACAGGGCCAGGGAUCGAGAAAGAGGUAUCUUGAGGAAGAUGAAGGUGACAACGACUCGGAGUCAAUAAAGCAGAAGAAACCAAGAGCAUCCGCAGUUCGCAGCCACCUCGAGGGCUUGGUGAGGGAUCGGGCCGGAGCUGCCACGGACACCGCUCAGUGGAUCCAGGCACACGGCUCCAGCCAGCCCAUUACUCCGGCAAGCCUUGGGCCUGAGUCUCGGCAGAAUAUAGAAGCCUCAGCUCGCGUUAGAGUUGCGGCGCCAUCAGAGGAAGAAUCCCGCUCGGCAGAGCAGUCAGAGGUGGCCGAGCGCCUUGAGACUGUGAGCAUUCAAGACGAAGGUGGUGAGGGCGGCGGUAUAAAGAAGAUGGGCUUGCAUGAGCUUGCUGCCCUAAAAAGGCUACAAAAUGAAGACAAGAAACGGAAGAAGGCUGAUAAGGAUGCCAAGGAGAAGGAGAAAAAGAAGAACAAGAACAAGAAAAAGGAUAAAAAGGCUAUAAGGUCCAAAUCAGACUGA